AUGGCUACAGCUUCGUUGGCGACUGUGCUGGCCACGGCGCCUGGUGCGCAGACUGCGACUGGCAACACUGACUCGAAGAAUGACAAUCUGGAGCAACUGCCGAGACCGGCGGAAAUCACUCAGGCCUUCCAAGCAGCCUUCACACAAUUCAAUCGCUUGCUCGAACUAAGGCCUGAAGACCGACCAACCAAGAAAGAAGGACUGGAGACUUUGCAACAUCGUCUACAAGUCGACAAUGCCAUCUUGCACAAUGCUCAGCAGCUUCUCAAUGACGUUGAAGAAAACCUCACGCAGAACGACACCGCCAGGUUUCGAGAGCUGUGUGGUCUGCUGGACCAGACCAGAAAAUCUCUACUAAGAUUGCGUUUGGCCAUGCCAACGGCCCUGAUCAACUUACCGACGGCCAGCAGUACGGCUCAUAGCAUCGAUGCUGUUCUUCAUGCUGUAGCGCCUGACUUGAUCCCGUCCAUUCCAUCACCAUGGGCAGAACGUCUGCUCAAAGCCGUGUCACUCAAUGUUGGCGAAAUAUUCGACCUUGCUAGCCCACCACUAGCCGAUGAUGUCGACGAGCCGGUGGAUUCAGCCAUUGCACCGCACAGCCCUGUGUCACACACGACGAGCCGGCCGACGUCGUCGAAGUCCAUGACACCAUUCCUGGCAGAUGCACCACUUGCAUUUCUCUCCCCUAUACAGCCAUCCUCGCGUAGAUCUGCGGAGCUGGCUUCCGCGCAGGAAUCCAACUACCAGGAGCUCGUCAAAAUGGCCAUCGACAGUGGCAAACAUGACGAUGCCGUUCGCUUCACAAAGAAAGCCUUGACCAGCCAAAGGAGUGCAAGCUGGGAGCGCUUCGAAUUACUGGAUGCUCUGGGGUGUCUUUCGCACAGGACUGGAGAUCUGAAUGCUGCCAAGGAUGCAUAUUCUGACUGUUGCAAGGUGGCAGAGCAGAUCUCGAGAAAUCUUGGAGCCGAAUGUUGUGUCGCAGAAGCAUUGCUUGGCACUUGCUGGGCGACCGGCGCUCUUGCCAUGACCGAUUUUCAGCUUUCACAAACAGACUCGCCACAUAGCGAGCAACAAUUGGCUGAAGCAACAGAAGGCUUUCAAUCACAGCUGGAGACAGCCAGGAUACUGAAGACGACGCUCUCAAAGCUUGGGUUGAGUCCCUCGUUUCCAAAGCGAGCCAGGUUCUGCGAGUCAUCUGCACUCAACCGACUUCUCCUCUGCCAUGCGUUACAAGGCCACGCUACAGACGCGAUCAUGACUGGUACGGAAGCCUGCAAAAUGACGGAGUCAGAUCCUGCUUGCGAAGAUCCAGCUAUCUCACACUUACUUUUCGCAUAUGCGCUCAUGUGUCUCGGUCAGCGAGACGAGGCCGUCAAACAGCUCAGUCUGGCCAAGCCGAGCACAAGGAGUCGUAUUGCUGUUCUGGUGGCUGAAAGGGGAUGGGACGCCCUCGAUCUUGCUUUACAACCUGCGUUCUGGACGGAUGACCCAACAGAGCUUCGACACAUACCUGACCACGGCAAGGAUCCUGUAGCUCAGUCACGUAGUCAAGUACCAAUCAUUGCUGCACCGAGGGGUAGAAUACCAAGUGCAGAUCGGACUGCGCAGCAGCAGCCUUCUAUGUUGUCGUUUGCGCGUGCUGGGAUCAUGCUCGCCAGAGUGCUGAGGUUGCGCAGAGGAUGA